AUGGCACAAAUGACUGUUGAUGAUAUGGUCCUUAAGGUUGUGUUCCUGCUGCAGGUGGGCACAGGCCUUCUGGCAAACACUUACCUGCUCUUCAUGCAUAGCUCCAUCCUUUUCACAGAGCACAAACCAAAGCCUACAGACCUCAUUCUGUCUAAUGUGGCCGUGGCCAAUUCCUUUGUUCUUCUCUCCAAGGGAGCACAGCAAAUUAUGGAAGAUAUGGGACUUGUGCGUGCCCUGGAAGGUUCUGGGUGUCAGGUCUUCUUUUACUUCCAUAGGGUGUCUCGAGAACUUUCGCUCUGCACCACCAGCUUGCUGAGCGGCUUUCAGGCAGUCACGGUUAGCCCCAGGCAUGGGGUGUGGACAGGGCUCAGGCGCUGGGUUUCUAGGCAUAUUGGCUGCUCCUGCCUCUUCUGCUGGACUUUCAAUCUGACUAUCAGCACCAUCUCUCCCAUUGAGAUAAAAGUCUUCUGGGAUAAUAGUAGUGAUUCCUCAAUGGGGAAUGGCAUCGCUUGCCAGUAUGUGGUUGCCAUGUCUGGAUUGUAUGCAAUCCCGUUAUCCAUUCUGGGUGCCCUGUUGAUGACACUUAUGGUGGUAGCCAGCAUGUACAUGGUGUGUCUCCUACACAGACACCACCACAGGGUCCAACAUAUUCGAAGUUGCAGCCUCAGCCUCACCUCCAGGACCUCUCCAGAGAUGAGGGCCACUCACAGCAUCCUGCUCUUGGUGGUUGGCUUCAUCCCCUUUUACUUCCUCAAUUCAAUCUACGUAUUUUAUGGUAGGAAAUCAUUUAGCUCCUACUUGUGGCUGCAGCCCUUCCUGAAGUUUCUUGCUGCAUGUUUCCCCUCCCUGAGUCCCUUGGUGCUAAUUUUCCAGAACCCCAGAACUCUGAGCUCCUGCUUUUAG